GAUAAACUUAUUAAAUAGAGUGCGACUAUGACUCCUGCUGCCAACGUUAAAGUUCAACUUGCCCCCUCGACUGGACCAGGAGGAGAAGCCAUGGAAUUGGGUGGGGGCGAGCAACACAAGACAGACGGAAUCAGGCAGUAUUACCUGGCGAAGAUUGAUGAACUGGAGAUGGUUGUGAAUGAGAAGACGAAGAAUCUGGCAAGACUGGAAGCUCAGAGGAACCAACUGAAUUCCAAAGUGAGGCUGUUAAGGGAGGAGUUGUCGCUGCUGCAAGAGCAAGGCAGCCAUGUUGGAGAGGUGGUCAAGGCAAUGGACAAGAAAAAAGUUCUCGUAAAAGUGCACCCAGAGGGUAAAUUUGUGGUGGAUCUGGACAAGAACAUAGAGAUGACGUCAGUGACUCCCAACUGCCGAGUGGCCCUCAAGAGCGACUCAUACACUCUGCACAAAAUACUGCCAAAUAAGGUGGAUCCUUUAGUGAGUUUGAUGAUGGUUGAGAAAGUGCCGGACUCCACUUAUGACAUGGUGGGAGGACUGGACAAGCAGAUCAAGGAGAUCAAAGAGGUCAUCGAACUCCCUGUCAAACACCCUGAGCUGUUCGAGGCAUUGGGCAUUGCGCAGCCCAAAGGAGUUCUUCUAUAUGGACCACCAGGAACUGGAAAGACGCUUCUAGCCAGAGCAGUGGCUCACCACACUGACUGCACUUUCAUCCGGGUCUCCGGAUCAGAGCUCGUGCAAAAGUUUAUUGGCGAGGGUUCAAGAAUGGUGCGAGAAUUGUUCGUGUUAGCUCGCGAACAUGCACCCAGUAUAAUUUUCAUGGACGAAAUUGACUCUAUUGGGUCGACCAGAAUCGAAUCCGGCGGCGGAGGAGACAGCGAGGUGCAGAGGACUAUGUUGGAAUUGCUGAACCAGCUGGAUGGAUUUGAACCGAAACAGAAUAUCAAGGUCAUUAUGGCAACCAACAGAAUAGACAUUUUGGACCCGGCACUUUUACGACCGGGUAGAAUUGACAGGAAAAUUGAGUUCCCUGCACCCAAUGAGUUUGCGAGACUUGACAUUUUGAAAAUCCACUCGAGAAAAAUGAACCUGACUCGUGGUAUUAAUUUGAGGAAAAUCGCGACUGCGAUGCCCGGAGCUACAGGCGCAGAGGUCAAAGGUGUUUGCACUGAAGCUGGAAUGUACGCGUUAAGAGAGCGAAGGGUUCAUGUUACACAAGAAGACUUUGAAUUGGCUGUGGCCAAAAUUAUGCAAAAAGAUAGCGAUAAAAAUGUAUCUGUUAAAAAGUUGUGGAAAUAGGUCAUUCUUUUUGCCGCCAAUUACGGUGCAUCAGAUAUUGUGUAUGAUAUUGAUGAUGAUGAUAGAGAUGAGUAAAAUGUUAUUAUGUUGUUUUAAAUAACUAUUCGAUCUUUUGAAAUUCGUAUGUUAAUAGAAUGUUCAUUUUGAUUAGAAAUUAGCAGGUCGAAUAAUUGCCUUGAGUAUUUGUCUAGUGAUAACAGAAUCUGCUUUAAAAAGUUCACAAUAAACCUUUUCGAGUUCA